AGCUGGUCCAGGGGGGCAGCGGGCCGAGAUCAGAUUUGAGAUCACAUUGCGUGUACGCAGCUGGUCCAGGGGGCAGCGGGCUGAAGACGGAUUGAUGCCGACGAUAGGCAGCCCCUCUGCUUGGCGCAGGCUCUGUUUCGUCCUUCCGGUCAUAGCUAUCGUGAUCCUGUGCUCCACCGCCAUGCGCGCGCCGGUCGGCGUCGGCCCGGCAACGAAGGUCGUCGCGCUCGGGCCCGGCGGUCGCUUCCGGUCCCAGGCCGGCCAAGAUUUGUACGUCUACGAGCGGUUCUUCCGGCACCGGCCCGGGCCGGGCGUCUACCUGGAAUUCGGCGCCCGCGACGGCGUCGCCCACUCGAACAGCUACGCGUUCGAGCAGCGCGGCUGGCGGGGAUUCUGCGUCGAGCCGACGGACGAGUUCCACCGGCUCGUGCGGAACCGACCCGGGUGCUGGAACUACCACGGCGCGGUCGCGGCGCGCGCCGGCGCGCGGCGCUUCGUCUUCUCGAAGAAGGGCGGCUUCUCAGGCUUCGCGGACGACAUGGACCCCGCGCGGCUCGAGGCGAUGCGCCACCGCGGCAAGGUCGCGCGCGAGACGAGCGUCGCCUGCUACACGGUCGCGGGGCUGAUGCGGGAGCGCCGCGUCGAACGCCUCGACUACGUGAGCGUCGACGUCGAGGGCGCCGAGCUCGAGGUGCUCCGGUCCGUCGACUGGGCCGCGACGCCCGCCGACGUCGUCCAGGUCGAGAGCGUCGAGGGCGCCGCCAAAAACGACACGGCGGCGCUCGUCGCGCUGAUGGCGCGAUGGUACCACCUCGACGUCAAAUACGACGUCUCGCCGCCGCCGUGCCGGCCCGGCGAGGUGACGGCGGACUGCACGUACGACCUCAUAUUCGUCAGCCGGCGAUUCGCGCGCGACCUCCGCGCGCGGAACGUCUCGCUCACGCCCGCCGGGGCGCGGGCGCUCUGGAAGCGGACCUACGGACCGCCCGCGGGCCGCGGCGAGGAGCCGCCGGGUUGGCGACGGGCUUAAGUAUCUGUACUGAAACAUCCCUAUUUCUCGCUACGUGGAUCGGCGCGAUUCGGAGGC